UGGGGGCAGGUCAAUGUUUGUCGUUCGGAGCUGUUGGUUACGGGACUACGCCAUUAGCAACAUAUAACGUUAUUUCGAAUAAUUUACGUUUUGAAAAUAAUAAAAAAUAAUUAGAGGUCGAGUCGCAGUGAUAAAAGCGACUCUGAUCUCGCCAAUUAAGUCUUUUAAAUAAAAAUACACUGACAAAAUAAGGGAUGCUGCUGCAGAUCGAGUUGGAUUGUCUCAGACGGUUACUGGAUUUAAUGUCGUCGCAUUUAUUUGGAGAAGCCAGUUUUUCGAUAGAAGAAUCUACGUGCAGAAUAAAUAGUCAACUACCGCGACCGAGCACCUUUGUGCGAUGCUGAAUUGAAGUUAAACGGAGUUAACACUGAUUAUCUAUUGUCCUCAUAGCUAACAUUGUUUGGCUUGAAAUCGGUCUCGGGUCUCUGUAUUGUGCUGUAAUUGUCGUUGGCUAACGCUUGUUCGGUCUUUGUCGGCGGUUUCCGUUUAGCUAUCAAAAACGUCGUGAUUUGAUCAUUUUUGCUUGGUGCAAUCAACAAAUAUAGAGGCCGAGUUCACCUCUGACACAGGAUUGUGGAUUGUAAUUUGAGACCGUCAACAGUGCAGCAGAGCCAUGAAGCUUUUGGAGAAUUCCAGUUUUGAAGCCAUGAGCUCCCACCUCUGCGUGGAGACCGGGGACUCUCACAUCCUGGGCAGGAUUGAGAGUUACUCCUGCAAGAUGGCGGGCGAUGACAAGCACAUGUUUAAGCAGUUCUGCCAGGUGGGGGAGCCGCACGUUCUGGAGGCCCUGUCCCCCCCACAGUCCAGCGCCACCAGCCCCCCGCAGCUGGGGAAGAGCAGCGAGGAUGGGGAGAACCCUCUGAGUGACAAGUGCUGCAGGAAGACGCUGUUCUACCUCAUCACAACGCUCAACGAGUCCUUCCGGCCAGACUACGACUUCAGCACCGCCCGGGCCCACGAGUUCAGCCGAGAGCCCAGCAUCAACUGGGUGAUGAAUGCGGUGAAUGGCAGCUUGUUCUCCGCAGUGGGAGAAGAGUUCAACUCCCUCGGGCCGGAGCUGUGGAGCGCCAUCGACCAGGAGAUCAACCUGCAGGGCUGCGACAUUUACAGCUAUAACCCUGACCUGGACUCUGACCCCUUCGGGGAGGAGGGCAGCCUCUGGUCCUUCAACUACUUCUUCUACAACAAGAAGCUGAAGAGGAUCGUGUUCUUCACCUGCCGCUCCGUCAGUGUCCUCAGUGGCUACGGCAGGGACAGUAUGGACAAUGAGCUGGACAUGGAGCUGGACGACGAGGAAGAGAUGGACGAAUUCACUGAGGACAGGUUCCCCAGGGCUUUGUGCGUUUAAACUUCUCAGGGACAAGCGAGUGGACCCAGGCCUCUCUGGGAACAGUCGUGUACACCCUCCUCCAUCUAUAUUUCUCUCUCUCUCCCCCUCCCUCUCUCUCUUUUUCUCAGUUUCUUUGUUUCUCUUUCUCUCUCUCUCCUGGACUAUCUCUCCUGAUGGACACCAGCAUGUUGUGUCUCUCCCUCGCUCACGACUGGAUGAAACGAUGCUCGCAGGACAUUCAGACCCUCCCCACCCCCCACCCCGCAAAAAAAUAGAAAGGGUCUGGUCUCCUGUCGCCCCGCCCCCCUCCAUUCCCCAGCCGCAGCAAAGCGGCCCAGUGGCAUGACUGAUGGUACGGACACUGUGUACAAGGCAGCGGGGAAGAGCUUUGGACUGCAUACAGCAGGCGUUCCCCCCCCCCCCCGUUCUUUUGGGAAUGAGCUGAAGUGCUCCCACUGGAUAGAGGGGUGCUGACACGGCCAUGACUGGAUUGGGCCAGGGGGGACAGGAACGGGUACAGGACGGGGGCCACGGAUCGGCCAAUCAUUUCCCUCUCCCAACCUUCCACUGCCAAGGAGGCGGGGCUACUGGAGCAUUGGUUUGAUUGACAUUCUAUCCAGCCUGGAUUAUUUUUUUCUUUCUCCUUUUGGACCCAUGUCUUUUCCCCCGCCCUCUCCUGUAAUCAUUUUUCUGUUAAGUUUUUAUUUUUGUGCAUUGUAAGCACUGCUCUUGAGCUGGGUGGCGGGUGUGCUGAAGCCCGUUUCUUCUGUUCAUUUUGUUUGGUUUUUUUCCACUUGAAACGCCCUACCUUGUGCGACCAUGUUGAAGUCUGAUUCACUGCCCUGUGAGCAAUAACAGAACACACGCCUGCAGUUAGCCCAUCUGUGCCCUGGAACACCCUCCCAGGCCACGGCUUUAUUCAGCGCCACCUUUAGUUAUGCCCCCCGCCACGUCCCAAUUGUAUUUCCCCCUUUUUGAUGAUGCUGAUGAGGGGGUGUCUGUGUUGCGCACCGUGAGAGGGUGAGCCGCGUGGCGACGGGUUGUUGUGUGCCGAUAAUAAACGCUCCUCUCCCCGAUGCCAUUCUGGAGAGGCUGGAGGAGAACUUGAGCCUGAAAAUGGUGUGGUCGGCACAGCUUGCUUGUAGGCCCGUCCCGCCAAAGAAUCCGCAGGAGGGGCCGGUGCAAACGAAAGGACUCUGGACUCUUUUCCCCCCCUCCGUUCCUCUCCUUCCUCACGCUCGCCCUCUCUCCCGUUGAGAGUGGUUUUCAUACGCAUCCUUUGUGAGAUCUUUAAGCUGAAUAAAGUUUUCUGUGUUUUAACCAAA